CAAACUAUACUUAAAUUUUGGAGGCGGUCCCAAACCAAUAACCUUCUCCAAUAGUCCCACCACGUAUCUACGUACUUCUGUACAAAUCGGCAGACUUGACCAAAGAAAAUUCAGUUCUUAUAAACCUGUCGUAGAGUGAUUUUCGAGUGUUACUUUAUUCGGACGGACUUGAAAAUAAUUUUUCGCUUAAAGUAAAAUAAUUAGAUAAGCACAAUAAAUUAAAAAUGUCUUUCACUGAUUUUAAUCAGACAUGCAAGGAGUCUAACUGGUCGGUAGAGUUGCCAAUUUAUCCCUCUUCACCUGAGAGCAUAAGGACGAGCGAGUCGGAAGAAUGGAAUUACAACCAACAAUUUAAUCGUGAUGAUUCACCUCUUUUUGAUGCUAAAAAAACAACUGAUGCUGUUGAUGCGAAUAAUAUUUUUAAAACAGCCAUUUCUAAUUCCAAAUUAUUAAAUCGACAAUCACUUGAGCAUCAACUAUUAAAAAAGCCUUUCGUCAACAAUGACAUAAACGAUUUACCCACCGAAGAGCUUCAGCAACAACAAGAUCAUUGUCUCAGAAAUAAAUCAUCUUUACGGAAAGUGAAGCGAGCUAUUACAAAAAAAGAGAAUAAAACAAGACGAACACGAACUAAAUUGACCGACAAACAACAUAGUGAGCUGGAAAAAUUUUUCCGUCAAAGUAAUUACAUGUGCUAUGCAGAAAGAUUUGACAUCGCAUCUAAAUUAGGCAUCAGCGAAAAAACGGUGAAUGCGUGGUUUAACCGUCGUCGACUAAAGUUGAGGAAAACUAUCUCAAAUGAAGUAGAUACCAAUGACAAAAAAAAUUUUAACCCUCCGAAAAAUGAAAGAAAUCAGUUCAUGAUUGCCGCAGAAGACAUCAAUUGUCGAAGAAUUAACGCGUCCAGAUUAGAUGCGACUAUACAUUACUAUCCGCCACCACUAAAUCAAGAUAUGGGUAUCAAAAACGACAUUACAAACAAUUUUACAAAUGGUAACUACCAAACAGCAUACAGCGGAAGUAUGCAAAAUGGUAACAUUUUCAACAAAUCUUCUGACGUCAAAAUGUACAACGACAACAAUAAUUAUCAUUAUCUAUCUUGCAGUGGGUCUAAUAAUAAUAAUCAUAAUGAUAAUAAUGAUAAUAAUAAUAAUAGUCAUAAUAAUAAUAAUAUUAAUAAUAAUAAUAAUAAUAAUAAUAAUAAUAAUAAUAAUAAUAAUAAUAAUAAUAAUAAUAAUAAUAAUAAUAAUAAUAAUAAUAAUAAUAAUAAUAAUUACAUUUUCAACAAAUCUUCUGUCGUCGAAAUGUACAACGACAACAAUAAUUAUCAUUAUCUAUCUCUCAGUGGGCCCAAUAAUAAUAAUAAUAAUAAUAAUAAUAAUAAUAAUAACAGUUAUUAUGCAAACCCUGACGAAUACGUAGAUUAUAACUAUAAAGAAUACAAUACUACCACUGACUAUCCGGUUAAUAACAGUAACUUUUAUACGUCCGGAGUAAUUCAGAAUUCAGAUCAACCUAUAAACUUACUUUCAGAAAUCACAUCAUCGAUUGAGUUAAACAACGAAAUGGAUGGGUUCAAAUUUUUACGCUUUACUCUUAUUGACUAUCAAUUUCAGUAAGAAAUGGGAUUAAAUAGAUGUAAUUAUUUAGUAAGGCUGAUAUUUUUGUGUUAUGUUAAGUCAUUAAGCAGGGAUCAUGUAAAUAAUGAUCAAGUAUUCAAUUCAUGGGCAAUAAGUAUAAAAAUUCAGUGGAUAAAAUUAUAAUUGAAUAAGUAGUGACGACGUAAAAUACGGAAUUCAAUUGACUUGCUACAAUAAUAUUUGAAUACUAUUGAUAAUUUAGGACGUAUGUAGUUUUUUCUACUCUUUUGAAUUACUUAUUGGACGAUUUAUAUUAAUUAAUUUUUGUUUCUAGAAACUUAUAGUGUUAGUUAAAAAGACACCAAAUAUUUAUUAUUACUGAAAUUGUAAUAACUUUGAUUAAUUUAUUUUUAAUGCUAUUACUUGCUUUUUUUUUAAAUUACUUAAAUGCAUAUAAGUUAAGCUUUUAUACUAAAAAUUGAGUAUGUUAUUCUGCAGGACAAAUUGUAAACAAU